CUAGAGAAAGCCCACGUGCAGCAGCGAAGACCCAACGCAGCCAAAAAAAAAUGACUCUGCAAUUUAAACUAGGUUUCCCUGCUUUUCUCUCAUAGCACAUUGUACUUUCCCUUCAUAGUUUUACUAUAGUUGAUGAAUAUAUAUUUAUUUGGGUUUUUUCCAGCUUAACUGAGAUACAGUUGACAAGUUUGUGUGACUAUUUGUUUGCUGUUUCCUGGAUUGUAAACUCCAAGAGGGCAGAACCCAGGUUAGUGUUGAUACUUGCUGCCCUCAUCCCAUCUGCCCACUUAGAAUUGUGGUCUGGCACAUAGCAGGUGCUCAAUAAAUAUUUGUUGAGCGAAAUGAAUUAGUGCACUGCUUAAGAACCCUGCCCUGUUCCCUAGGAGUAGCUUUGAAUCUCCGCUUAAAUUCUGGAUAAGUGUUAUUAAAGUUAGGACUGAGGGUAGGUGUUGCAGGUAUUUCAGCUCACAGACCCUCUCCAAACCUCACCUGCCACUCUCCACCCUGUAACGUGUAGUUUCCUGCCCAUCCCUCUCUGUGUUCCUGGCUAUCCGGUAUCAUGCACCAUCCCUAACAAUCAUAGACCAAAUAAAGAGAAAGAUUGUGACAUGGACUCUAAACGUGACCGCGUUUGCGUCCCAAGGCCGGAAUAAGACGCCAAUGACUCAUAGCUCCGUUUAGGCCGGCAAAGCGCAUCACUCCCCUCCCCCGCCCAGACCUGAGGGAUUCCACAACCACCGCCAGGAAGCUCGCGCUCUUGCCUCGAUUCGGAUCUUCCGUACAGCAUGGCAGCCCCCGAAGGCGUCGCCCACGGCCGUGCAUUCCGUACAACAUGGCCGCCUACAGAGAGCGCAUCGCAGCUCCCGCCCGGCCACCGGAAGUUUCCGUUUGAAACCCGGGCGGCAGACCCGGUCUGCGGUACGGCAGUUAUUGCCGAGCAUCUUUCGAACCAGAGCGACGAGGCCUGCGGGCAGGAGCAGCAGGCGUCUGGGCCCCAGCCGUGCCGCCUCGUUACGAUGACCAACGUGGUCAAGACAGUGUACACCCUGCAGCCCCCCUCUGUGCUGAGCAGCGGCCUGUCCGCAGAUGCACAAGCUCGAGCCACUUCUAAGAGCCUAUUACCUGUUAGGUCCAAAGAAGUCGAUGUUUCCCGACCUCACUUAGGAGAUUCAGAAAAUGAUGUUACAAAAAUCAUCAAACCAAGACGAGACAAUGGGCAGCUGAGAGCUACAGACACUGCCACCAGGAGGAACAUCAGGAAGAGCUAUAAGCCACUGAGUAAAGAGAAAUCAGAGGAAGAGCUCAAGGAUAAGAACCAGCUCUUAGAGGCCGUCAACAAGCAGUUGCACCAGAAGUUGAUUGAAACUCAGGGAGAGCUGAAGGACUUGACCCAAAAAGUGGAGCUGCUGGAGAAGUUUCAGGACAGCUGUCUGGCAAUUUUGGAGAGCAAGGGCCUCAACCCAGGCAGUGAGACCCUGGCGGCACGGCAAGACUCCACCACGGAUCACAUGGACUCGAUGCUGCUAUUAGAAACUUUGCAAGAUGAACUGAAGCUUUUUAACGAAACAGCCAAAAAGCAGAUGGAGGAGUUACAGGCCUUAAAGGUAACGUUGAAGAUAAAAGAAGAAGAGAGGGCCCAGUUCCUAGAACAACAGACCUUAUGUAACAGUCAAGUAAAUGAUUUUACAACAGCCCUUGAGGAAAUGGAGCAGCUAUUAGAAAUGUGAUAAAAAGCAUGUGGCCACAUGGCUCCCUCUUGGGGAUGAACUCUCAGAGGAAGCCCCUUAGGACAUCUGCUUCUUGGCCAUGACCUUCUAGGACUCACCAUCCCCAGAAUGAAAACAGUUUCUGCAGUUUAUGCUGGAAUGGCAAUUCCUCCUUUAAGCAAGCAUUCCCAGCCUUCAGAUUGGCCAGCUCUCCUGAACCUCACAAUACAUAAUUGAGGCCUACAACAGAGGGGGCCUGAAAGCUUGGAUCAACCUCCUAGGCAACAGAGCAGCACAGAAUUAGUAUCAGGAGACUAAAGCAGCCACAGCCAGAGAAGCCAAAAGGUCACAUUCAGACGUGUGGGAAGAAACAGUGGUGCACAGGUGCUUCACGGGAGACAUCAGUGAGGAGCCCUGCGGUCCCCUCGUAACUUGGAACGCAUUCUGUCCCAUCCUGGUUGGGCUCUAUAACCUCACUGUAAAUUUACGAACUGGAAGUUACCUGAAAUGGUUUAAUAAAUGGGGUGAAGGUAUAGAUAGCAAUAACACCUAUGAAACAAUACACCUUGGAGCUUUUAAUCUAAAUCAGUUCUGUUUUUGUUUUUAUAAAGUGUUACUUUUAAAAUAAAUAUUUCUGUAACUAUUCAGACUGCAACACUGGCAAAUGAAAAGAGCCUUUUAACCUAAAUACAUCCACUGAAUACUACUGAACUAAUCUAGGUAACAAGUUCAAGCCUCCAGUUUCACCCAGAAUAUUUUUCUUCCACUCAUUAGGUGCUCUGUAGCUAGUGCCCCCCCCACACCCCCCAACCCCAUCUUCCAGGAACAUUAACUAGUCUUCUGUGGUGGUCCCUGUUUGUAGCAGUGGGUGCCGCACUCCGUCCACCAGGUUUGUGUCACUAGCUGCCUGCACUCCUAAGUAUGCGUGUAUCUCUGCUCUUGCUUUGCACGGCCAAUCCUGGACCUGGCCCCCUGGAUCCUUAGUCAACUGAAGUCCACAGCAGCCACACCCCAGCCCUGCAACCGCCAGUCCACCAAAGGCACCGCCAUAUUUCAUAGUCAAACUAGGCACACUUUGGCUUUGGCCAUGUCCCAUUUUUUUCUGCACCUCUCCCAAUUUCUUCAGCAACUCCCCCUACUCUUCAGCAUUAUUGGGGCUGCCCAGAGCCACCCAAUCAAGUCAGGUAACGUCCCACCCUAACUUAUAGGGCUAAAAUUCUUUUCCUUCAUACACAUGCAACAUUCACACAGUUGGUUAUGUCCCAAAUAUUUUGAUAGGGAAACCCAGUUAAAUAAUUCUCACUGGUGACAAGGGCUGAAUAUUUUCUUCUACCCAUUUUCAGGAUGUUUAUCGUUUAAAAGAUUUUUACCCAAGUGAAUUUGUAAUUGGCAUUUCUGGUCCCCCCAAAAGUUCUACUUCCUUCUUGGAAGGAAAGGGUGGGAAACUCAGCUGUGAGAUCCUUUCCUCCCUGUCAUGCCUCCCUAGUUAACUCCUAAGAAUGGAACUCGCCCAACUCCUCCAUUACUCAUCUUGCCCAGUGUUGAGAUCCUGUUUGCUCAAGGUCUGGCCUCACAGGGGCCUUCACCUCAUGGUGCUGCUUUGCACCACCAGCCAGCAUUUGUGCAGUCUUGCCUUUUCUUGUCUUCCCUCUGACCUCUGCUGCUCCAUCUGCCUUUUGUAUGUGUGGAGGUGUUGUGGUGCUUAUUCUGAUCUACAGCCUCAGUAAAUUCCUGCAUUACAUGAACCAAUGUGAUCUGCACCCUCCACUUUGCUAGACGCUAUAGGAAACUUUAAUGUAGCAUGACAUUCUUAACCUCAGAAAUGCUUACAGUACAUGUGGUGAAACAUUGCACAGGUGAUAUACAAGUUGAAUAACAAAGGCAAUAGUUUACUAAACAGUGGGUUGUGUGAUAUAGUUGUGUGCUAUAGUAGUUAACUCUGAGCUAGUUCGGUUGGGGGAGGCUUGAUCGAAGCGGUAAACUGGGGUUGAAGGAAGAGUAAUAUUUAGGGAGGCUAGCUAGAGGAUUGAGAACUUUCCAGGUUGGUGAACACAUGGAAUUUGGGGACAGUAGCGCACUCAGAGAGGGCAUGGAAGCUUCACGCCCUUUCCCCAUGCAUCUCUUCCAUCUGGCUGUUCCUGAGUUAUAUCCUUUUCUAAUAAACCAGAUCUAGCAAAUAAAAUAUUUCUCUGAGUCCGUGAGCCAUUCUAGCAAAUCAGUCAAACCCAAGGAGGGGAUCGUUAGAACUUCCGAGGAGAAAAUAAAAUUAUGAGAGACUGAAGAAAAAAAAAAAAAGUUGAGGG